CCAUAAUGGUGAGGAAACAGGACAAAGGUCACAGAUCCCAGAGUCACGACGCCAGAGAUGAUGAGGUAUACGUGUGUUCUGGCCAUUUCCAGACGGACUUCACCGAGCUGUGUCGCAGAAACGAAAUGGCCGUCAUACCACCCGUCGUGCUGAGACCGAUACCGCCGUGUGACGUCAGACCGGAUAAGGGGAAGGGGAAGCACCACGCCCACGCCCACACCGAGGUCCCAGCUGAACAGUUGGACGAGAACGGAGUACCGAUCCCACCCCCACCCAAAACGUACACCGUGAAAGACUCGUUUGAGUACUUUAAACCAACUGUUCAGGUACUGAUGGACAACCCAGAUAAGCAAGAAACUGUAACGGAGGUAUAUAUAAGAGGUUGGAAAAUUGAUACCCGAAUGAUGGAUGUUUUCAGACAGUGUUGGCCUCUACUUCUGAGGCUACACUCUAUAAACUUGUGGAAUACAGGACUUUCAGGGGAAGUGGUUAGUAUUUUAGCAGCAUUUCUUCCCACCUGUUCGAAUGUGAAGAAUCUAACACUGGAUGGUAAUCCAGUACAGGAAGAAAACUGGCACGAGCUGAUAGGAGAAAACAGUCUGAUCCAGAGGCUAUCGCUCAGAAGUUGUUUUAUCACGGACAAGGGGGCUGCAAGAAUCGGCAGGGAACUCGGCACGUUAGAAAAAAUCAACAAAAAACUCGUGACACUAGAUCUUUACGGAAAUAAGAUCACCGACUUGGGCUGUGAGCACUUAGCCGCAGGUCUGCGCAUGAACCGGACGUUGCUGGUACUGACCCUGGCCAAUAACGAGAUAAGCGAUGCUGGCUGUUGCAAACUAGCAGAGGUUUUGUCCACCUUCCCUCUUACUCACGAGGAGGUUGUUGAAAGGAGAAAGCAGAUGUCUCUGAGAAUAAUUCAGCCCAAAGCCAGCAAAUCAGUUAUCCAAACCCGUACUGCAAAACCCUCAAGCAAGAGUGAUAGGGGCUCCUCAAAAUCGAGGAAGGACGGUAAGGGCAAAGAUGGCCAAGAAGACGGCAGAAAAUCGCGGAGAGAAGAAAAAUCAAAGAAGGCAUCAAAAUCCACUGCAAAAGAUAAUCAGUCAACUUCGGCAGCAAAAACUUCCAAACCAUCAAGAACUGCUUUGUCACCGGCAACGCCUAGUGAAGGAAAAAGAGACCGGAAAAAAGAGAAGAGAGCGCCACUAGUGCAAGAACAACAAACAGAGUUGUCUGCCGUCAUGAAAGUACUGGAUAAGGUGAUUCCUUCCGAAGAUCAACAGCUGUGGAUUCCCGGAAACAGAAUUCUCGUAAGUCUCAAUCUGUCCAGAAACCGGAUCACCGCUGUCGGCGUGGAGGCGAUGUUGAAGGCUAUGCAGCACCAGGCGGCGGCCAAAGUUGCUAAAGGCGAAGGGGCGGGAUUGAUGAGACUCAAUCUGCUGAAUAUUGGCAUUCCCAAUGACCACGACCUGAAGACGCAGCUUGAGCAGGUGAUGCUGACAAGAGAUCCACAUUACAAACCCCCGGUCACUAUACAAGAGGACUUGUCGACCAAGUCGGAUACUGGUUCCAAAAAGAGAUCAAAUGGACCGGCUAAAGAAAAGUGAAAAAAUAAAUAAAAUAAAUAAGAGCCCCCAAAGAGACCAUUAUGCGUAUAAGCUAACAGAGACAGAGAAGACAGUGUCAUUAGAAUUACAAACUUGACUGAAAGCCUGUUAAUAUUGCGCUACGAUGUUUCAGUCAAACAGGUUCAAGAUAAAUCUUACCCAAAGGUACCCCAAUAUAUUUAAAAACAGAUUGAAUAACGUUUGUAACAUGUUUGAUAAAGGGCACCCAUGUUCAUACCCAUAUGCAAUAUGAAUUAGUGGUGUACGACUAUGCAAUUUGCACUGCUGUGAAGAUUUGGGAUGGGUUUUGUUUUGUUUUAUAUUGUAUUGUUGGGUUGUUGUUUUUUGCUGUUGUUGUGUUUGGGAGGGUUUUGUUAAGUGCUUAUUUUUUGUAGUUAAUUUUAACAUACAUUUAUUUUUAAAUAAUGGUAAUAAUAAAAAUGUAACAAUCAAUGUAAA